CUGUCUCAAACAAGGGACGCCAAUAAAGAGCAUCCCUGAACAUGGAGAUUACGAGGAGACAUUGAAGGCGGCACUAUCCUAGUCGUUUUAUUCCGCGCUGUUGCUCUCCAGUCGUAACAUUUUUACAGCAGAUACAAAUAAACUUUCAUAGCACAAUGCAGCGUUUGGUUCAACUGUUGGAAAUCUUCUCCGGGCUCUGACGCGCUAAACGCGGCGGAAGAGCAGAUUUCUAGAUACCCUGCUCCAUCAGGAGGAGCACCGCAGGCUAACUGUGUAGCUAGCUAACCUACACUGUUAGCGUCGUAUCGGCGGUUCCGUCCACUGGAAGACAUCACUGAGGCUCCGACACAAUAAAGACCGCACACAGUCCAUGGUAUCACCGAGACCCGCACAAUGACCUCAGCUUCCACUAAAGUUGGUGAGAUCUUCUCUGCAGCUGGAGCUGCCUUCACCAAACUAGGAGAGCUCACCAUGCAGCUUCACCCAGUGGCGGACUCCAGCCCUGCAGGUUCCCAUCCUCCCUCCAGCGGUCAGACAAAGAGCACCGUGAAGAGGAAGCUGUACGAAGAUGGGGCUCUGCCUGCCUCCUCGGACGGGCCCAAAAAGGUCAUCAAGAAAACCUUCGGCACUGUUACCGUUAAAGGCACUCCGACUGCCAUCUCUGUGCACAAAGCUCAGGUUGUCGUGGCGUCAGGACUACAGGGUUCCCCCUCCAGGCAGCCAACGCUGAAGAAACAGAAGACAGCCGAUGUGACCCUCAGUGCUCUAAAUGACUCCGAUGUCAAUAGUGAUCUUGUGGACAUCGAGGGACUGGGUGAAGGAUCCAACUCCAAAAAACUCAACAACUUUGAUCAAGAUAACCUGAACUUGGACUCGAGCCUCAUCAUGAACCCCAGUGACCUUCCUCUGCUCUCCCGUUGACCUUUGACCUUCCGUGGCCUUGAAAUGUCAGACAAACCUAUGACAAUAAGAGCAAAGUUGUGAUGAACUGGACUCUUUGAGACAGAAGCUGCUGACCACCCACAUUAGUGUAAAUCUAGUAUCAAGUAUCAUGCAAGACUCUAAUCCAAUCCAGCACUUCCCACUCAGAGAGUUGUUGGCACUAUCAGAAUCAUGUUCAUUUUUUAACUGAAAUAUUUUUGAAUUGAGACCAGUCUCUCUUCUUCAUUGACUUUUGCUUUGUAAGAACGUCCAGAAAAUCCCCCCAAAAUGAAAUGCUUUUCAUCCAGAAAAGUUGGAAAGCAGAUGUUUGUCAUUUUUAUUCUAUUUCAUGUUCAAUUCAGUCGUGUAGCAUUCUGCUAAUGUUUGUAUUAGCAGGUGUUAACACAAGUUUCUGUUUAGGUAAAACAUACUGGAUUAGUAUUUAGAACAACACAGAGUGAUUGGUUCUGGUAUAUUUUCAAUGUAUUGAACGAAUUUACUUAAUUCCUUCCUUCCUCUGAACUUGCUAGUAAACAACUACAAACUAGCCAUCAAGGCAGCGGUAGAUCAGCAACUCCUGUGGUCUUAUAUAAAAGUAAAAUAACUGUUUUUGUCA